UUUCCAACCAGUUUGUCACUAAGCAAAUGAUGCGCAAAUCGAAUAACAUUUUAUAUAUUCCACACAUCGCACAAAUCGAAAGUGUUUUCGGAGCUCUAGCAGUAGCAGCAGCAGUAAUACAUCAGGCCAGCAUGAGGCAGAAUCGUUCGAACGCUCAUUCCUUCCCAAGGUGAGAGAGAACAAAAAAAAAGUACUCGACUCGUACUCUCCUAACGUAUUCCAGUCGACGCGCAUCCGGGGCAAAAUUCCCCGAACGGCAAAAAAAAACCAUCUCGAAUAAACAAAUCUAGAGAAGAACCAAAUCCAGGAAGAGGAAAAGUCGCGCGCGAUCUAGGAUGCUGAUCCCGAAAAUCCUAAUCCCGAUCAUCCUGUCCGCCCGGAUCUCCUCACAACCGGUAACAGCCGGAUACAAUUACAAGGAAGCCCUGAAACUCUCCCUUCUAUUCUACGAGGCCCAAAGAUCGGGGAUUCUUCCAGAGAGCAACAGAAUUAGUUGGCGAAGCGAUUCCGCUCUAAACGAUCAAGGGAUUAAAGGGGAAGAUCUUACCGGCGGCUAUUACGAUGCCGCGGACUUUGUCAAGUUCGGAUUCACGAUAGCCUACUCGAUGACCAUUCUGGCCUGGGGACUUGUCUCCUACGAGGAGACUUACAGGAGGAUUGGACAGCACAACGCGACGGCGGAGGCCAUCAAAUGGGGAACGGAUUACAUUAUCAAGUGUCACACGGCUCCGUUCGAGUUCUACGCUCAGGUGGGAGACUUCCCCAGCGAUCACAAGUUCUGGGGGAGACCCGAAGAGUUGAACAUGACGAGACCGGCGCAUAAAAUUGAUAAGGAUCAACCGGGUUCCGAUGUCGCAGCUGAAGCUGCGGCCGCUUUGGCCUCUGCCAGCAUAGUCUUCCAGAAAAUCGAUCCUGACUACUCGCACGAACUCAUCAGACAUUCCACGGAACUCUUCGAUUUCGCCUAUGAAUACCGAGGAUUAUUCCUCGACACAUUCCCAGGAAGCAAACAUUACCACGAGAAUGACGACUAUUACGAUGAAUUAGCUUGGGCCGCAAUUUGGCUCUACAAAGCGACGAGAUUAUCCAAAUACGCGGAAAUAGCGAAGACACUCUACACCGAACACAAUUUGAACCAAAAACCGAAAACGUUCUUCUACAACUCGAAAUAUGCAGGAAUUCAGGUAUUGUUAUCGCAGGAAUUCAAGAAUCAGGAAUACGUUCAGGCCAUCAAAGAAUUCUGCGAUUUCGCGGUUGACGGUAUGGAUAAAACGCCGAAAGGUUUGAUUUAUAUCAAUAAAUUGGGAACGUUAGCACAUGCGGCCAGCAUCAGUUACGUUUGCUUGCAAGCUUCGAAUUUUGAUAAACCAGAGGAUAAGUACGUGAAUCUGGCGAAGGAUCAGGCGGCCUACAUCCUAGGUUCAACAGGUUUCAGUUAUUUAGUCGGUUACGGAGAUUCAUAUCCGAAGCAGCCGCAUCAUGCAGCUAGUUCGUGCAAGGAUUUACCCGCAGUUUGCAAUUGGGACGACUUCAGGUCAACGAAACCGAACCCGCAGAUCCUGUACGGCGCUCUGGUCAGCGGUCCGAGCCAAAUUGACCAUUACGAGGACGUCAGGGAGGAAUACUUGUACAACGAAGUGACUAUCGAUUACAAUGCCGGCCUGCACAGUUUGCUGGCAGGACUGAUGCAGCAUUUCAAUUCUUAAAAUUGAUUUGAAUCAAUAUGCUCUACCUUGCUUACAGCAGGAGAAACAUUUUUUGGCAAGCUGAAAACUCGGAACGAGUGUACGAACGAAACAAAAACGAAAUCUUAGGUUUACUUUGCUCAGAUUUAUGUAUAGAAAAGAAAAGAAAAAAAGAAGAAGUUUGCUCUUUCAGCGGCUGUGUUGUUUUUACUUAAUUUUUAUCUUGUUUAUUUUCCUCAUUUUUAUUUACGAUCAU